AUGACCAUAAUUCAUAGGUUUAUUUCUUACUGUUAUUUAUGGCUACCAAAGUAAAUUUAGAAAUCAGUCUAAAAAACGCUAUUUUAAUAACAGGAAAAUGGUUAGGUUUAUAAAAUUGAAUUUUCCAAUGGAGAAGUGCAAAAGAUAAUAAAUUUUGAAAAUACAAUCAAUUAUAUAUAAUUUGUUGGAGUAAAGAAUUGUCUUUUAUCUUUAGUCAUUCCAAGUUAUUAAAAAAAUGAUUGA